GGGCGGGGUGGAGAGAACGCCCCACCCCCGGGGCGGGAAGUGCGCAUGCGCUCACGGCACGGCGCGCGGGCCGUCGGCGAGACCUCCCGGGCCUGGGCUCAGCCCGCCCUGCGCGUGCGCAGACACGAAACCAACGCCCGGGAGUUGCAGGCGCGGGUUUGGUGGCGCGUUUUAGCGGAGUGGCACGUGAAGGCUAGCAGUGGCCGGAGCCCGACACAGACGCAGCCAUGCUGGGCACAGGCAGCGUGUCGCCGUGGGCCAGGAGACUCCUCAGAGUGGUGGCGGCGCUGGGCCUCCUGGCGCUCCUCUCCCUGCACGCGGCGUCGGCCCAGUCCCACCAGGACUUCCCGCCCCCCAUGGGCCAGCGCAAGAGGGACGUCCCCGUGGACGUCCUGAGCCAGAUGGGCCGCUCCGUGCGGGGCACGCUGGAUGACUGGGUGGGGCCCGAGACCAUGCACCUGGUGUCCGAGACGCUGACGCAGGUGCUGUGGGCCAUCUCCUCGGCCAUCUCGGUGGCCUUCUUCGCCCUGUCGGGGAUCUCUGCGCAGCUGCUGAAUGCCCUGGGGCUGGACGGAGACCGCCUGACCGAGGACCUGAAGCUCAGCCCCGCGCAGGUGCAGACCUUCCUGCUGUGGGGCGCGGGGGCCCUGGUGGCCUACUGGCUCCUGUCCCUGCUCCUCGGCCUGGCCUUGGCCCUGCUGGGCCGCAUCCUCUGGGGCCUGAAGCUCGUCCUCUUCCUGGCCGCCUUCGUGGCCCUGGUGCGCUCCGUGCCGGACCCGUCCACUCGGGCCCUGCUGCUCCUGGCCCUGCUCACCCUCUACGCCCUGCUGAGCCGCCUGGCGGGCAGCCGGGCCGCAGGGCCGCAGCUGGAGGCCAAGGUGCGGGGGCUGGAGCGCCAGGUGGAGGAGCUGCGCUGGCGGCAGCGGCGGGCGGCCAAGGGGCCCCGGGGUGCCGAGGAGGAGUGAGCCCCGUCGGGGCCGCCGCACCGCCCGCGUCCGUCCUCACCAAAGAGCCCCGCUGCUUCCGGGGGCCCGCGCCCCGUGCCUGGCCCGGCCUGCACCUUUGCACCAGACCCCCCGCCCGCUGGGCUGAGCGAGAAGAAGCCCCCGUGGGUGGCCCUUGCUCGGCCGCCUCGGAGCCCCGGGGUCCGAGGUUCUCUGUCCUGGGCUGGUGCUCUUAACCCUUCGUCCAGCCCCGCUCCUCCUCCUCCUCGUCCUCCUCCUCCUCUUCCGGGACCCUCAGCGGCCCCCUCUCCGCUGCUGCCUUGCCUUCCUCGGGGACGCUCUCACUCCCCCAGCUUCUAGCUUCUCCUUUGCCAAGCACUGUGUGCGUCUGCCAGGUGGCGCCCCCCCCGACCCCCUCCCGCUUCCUCGGUGGCGGCGGUGGGGGUCCCCCUCCUCCCGAUGGUGGGGGCCAGGGGAGGGCGAUUCCUGGGCCUGGCCGGGACGUCCACACUAGAGCCUGUUACAAGUGCCUUAAGCAUCCCGGGCCCGCUGCCCGCCCGUACUGUAUGCGGCUGCGGCUGCUCGAAACAGGGAGAGACGCCACCCCCCCCCACGACGGUGGCCAUCAGGCACCCCCCCAGGCCCCCAGGGGGGCUCCAGAGGAAGGGGUCUCCCAGUGGCGCUGCUCCACGGGGCCCCCACUGCCUCCGUCCCCCUCGGAGCUGCCAAUCAAGGCCACCCCCCCCUCCCCGCACCGAGGAGGGGCCUGUGUGCCUGCCCCAGCCCGCUUGGCUGUGCCCACGCGUGUGUGUGGGGCGCGACCGCGUCUGCCCUUCACCCCGAGGUGAAGCAUGAAUCCAGGCCCAGCCUGCCCCUUCAGGUUUGAUGUGGACUCACAGCCGCCGCGAUAUAUAUUUUUAUCUGCGCUUGGUUUGGUUUCCAAUAAAGUGCACGCUAUUUUA